GUACUGGGGCUGGUUCUGAGGACUCCAUUAUUCAGGAAACAACAUAGGACCCACUGAACAGAGAAGUAAAGGGGCUUCGUCUACAGAGCUGCUGCAGGCUAUAUGCACUCCAGGGGCUUCCUGUCUUUUUCUAAAUCAGAGCUUUAGCUUCUAAAAUUAGGUCUUUUUCCGCACAUAAGAGGUUGCCUGAAACCAUGGAAAUCAGAGGAGCGCUCUCUCUGCGGAAAAGGCAAGUUUUGAUUUUCUUUGUUUUGUUGGGGUUGUCUCAGGCGAGUCCUGAAUCUGGGCGUUAUUCUGUGGCAGAGGAAACAGACGUUGGCUCUUCUGUGGCCAAUCUGGCAAGGGAUCUAGGGCUUGGAGUGGAGGAAUUGUCCUCACGGGAGGCCCGGGUAGUGUCUGAUGAUAAUAAAAAGCAUUUGCACCUUGAUUUUCUGACUGGGAAUCUGCUCCUGAAUGAGAAACUGGACCGAGAAGAGCUGUGUGGCUCCACCGAGCCCUGUGUGCUCUAUUUUCAGGUGUUACUGCAAAACCCUUUACAAUUUUUCCGGGCUGAGCUGCACAUCAAAGACAUAAAUGAUCACUCCCCCACAUUCCUGGACAAGGAAAUAUCUUUGAAAAUAUCAGAAGGUACCACUAUCGGAACCACAUUCCUAAUGGAAAGUGCUCAAGAUUUAGACAUAGGAAGCAACGGUCUCCAAAACUAUACAAUUAGCCCCAAUUCUUAUUUCUAUAUUAAAAUUCAAGACGGUAUUGAUGGAAAGAUAUACCCAGAACUGGUCUUGAAGAGAGCAUUAGAUCAUGAGAUGGAGCCUGAGGUCAGAUUAACACUCACAGCACUGGAUGGUGGUUCCCCACCCAGGUCUGGAACAACUUUGAUUCACAUCGAGGUCUUGGAUAUCAAUGACAAUGUCCCAGUGUUUUCUCAGAGGCUCUAUGAGGUGCAGGUUCUGGAGGACAAACCUGUUGGCUCCUGGAUUAUUACCAUCUCUGCUAAGGAUUUGGACGCAGGAUAUUAUGGAAAAAUAGCUUACACAUUUUUCCAUGUGUCUGAAGAUAUUCGUAAAACAUUUGAAAUCAACCCAACAUCUGGGGAAGUUCGUUUGAGAUCAAGCUUGGAUUUUGAAGUAAUAAAGUCCUACUAUAUAAAUAUUCAGGCAACAGACGGUGGUGGACUUUCAGAAAAAUGCACUCUUCUGAUUAAAGUAAUGGAUGUAAACGACAAUGCACCAGAAGUAACCCUGUCAUCAGUUACACACAGAAUUCCAGAGAAUGUCCCAGAGACCCUUGUUGCUGUUUUCAGUGUUCGAGACCAAGAUUCUGGGGACAACGGGAGGGUGGUUUGCUCCAUUCAAGAUGAUCUCCCCUUUCUGCUGAAACCCACGUUCAAGAACUUUUACACCCUAGUGACAGAGAGACCGCUGGACCGGGAGAGCCAAGCCGAGUACAACAUCACCAUCACCGUCACCGACCUGGGGACACCCAGGCUGAAGAGCGAGCACAGCAUCUCCGUGCAGGUGGCCGACGUCAACGACAACGCCCCGGCCUUCAGCCAAAGCGCCUACACCCUGUGGGUCCGCGAGAACAACGGCCCCGCCCUGCACAUCGGCAGCGUGAGCGCCACCGACCCGGACUCGGGCGCCAACGCGCAGGUCACCUACUCGCUGCUGCCGCCCGGCGACGCGCGCCUGCCGCUGGCCUCGCUGGUGUCCAUCAGCGCGGACACCGGGCAGCUGUUCGCGCUGAGGCCCCUGGAUUUCGAGGCGCUGCGCGCCUUCGAGUUCGGCGUGGGCGCGGCCGACGGCGGCUCGCCGGCGCUGAGCAGCCGGGCGCUGGUGCGCGUGCAGGUGCUGGACGCCAACGACAACGCGCCCGUCGUGCUGUACCCGCCGCAGAACGGCUCUGCGCCCUGCACCGAGCUGGUGCCGCGCGCGGCCGACGCGGGCUACCUGGUGACCAAGGUGGUGGCGGUGGACGGCGACUCGGGCCAGAACGCCUGGCUGUCGUACCAGCUGCUCAGGGCCACGGAGCCCGGGCUGUUCGGCGUGUGGGCGCCCAGCGGCGAGGUGCGCACGGCCCGGCAGCUGAGCGAGCGCGACGCGCCCAGGCACAGGCUGGCGGUGCUGGUGCGCGACCACGGCGAGCCGCCGCUGUCGGCCACCGUCACGCUGCACGUGCUGCUGGUGGACGGCUUCUCGCAGCCCCACCUGCCGCGGGCCGAGGCGGCGGCCGAGCAGGCGCGGGCCGAGCCGCUCACCGUGUCCUUGGUGGUGGCCCUGGCGGCGGUGUCGUCGCUGUUCCUGCUGUCGGUGCUGGGCGUCGUGGCGGCGCGGCUGUGCGCGAGGGCCCGGGCGGCGUCUGCGGGGGUCUGCUCGGGGCCCGGGGGAGGCCUUGCGGGCCACCUGGUGGACGUGAGCGGCGGCGGGACGCUGUGCCAGGCCUACCGCUAUGAGGUGUGUCUGACGGGAGGUACUGGGACAAAUGAAUUUAAAUUUCUGAAGCCUGUUGUUCCCAGUCUUCCAGUCCAUGACACUGGUGGGACUAUGGGGGGAAAUGAGAACUUUAGAAAUAGCUUUGGAUUCAACAUUCAAUAAAAUAAUUUAAACUUGAA